CAACGAUUUUGGUGGUGCGUGGUUUCGGCGGUCGAUUUGUUGUUCCAAAAGAUUGUUAAUUAUUCUGUUAAUUUGUAGGAAUAUAGCAAAAUAUUAUCCAUUUAGAAAUGUUCGAGAAUCAAGCAAUCCAUACGGAACACAAAGAUGUUAUUCACGACGUUGCUUACGAUUAUUAUGGACAGCGAAUGGCAACUUGUUCCAGUGAUCAAUAUGUGAAGGUCUGGGAUCAGAAUGACGCCGGUGUGUGGAGUGUUACCGCAAGUUGGAAAGCCCAUUCCGGUUCGGUUUGGCGACUAUCAUGGGCACAUCCCGAAUUCGGUCAAGUGCUGGCAACUUGUUCGUUCGAUAGAACCGUCUCGGUGUGGGAGGAAACAGUAGGCGAAAAGAGUUCCCCCACAAUGUCCCCGGUGAAACGCUGGGUCCGCCGUACAAAUCUAGUCGACUCGAGAACAAGCGUUACGGAUGUGAAGUUUGCUCCAAAAUCCCAAGGACUGGUUUUGGCAACCUGCUCCGCCGAUGGAAUCAUUCGCAUCUAUGAAGCUCCCGAUAUCAUGAAUCUAUCUCAAUGGACUUUAUCGCAUGAGAUAGCAGUUAAAAUUCCGCUAAGCUGUUUAUCCUGGAAUCAAUCGAUGUUCCGCUUACAUGCCCCAAUGAUUGCUGCUGGAAGCGAUGAUUCGUCUCAGAGCUCAGGAGGAAAAGUUUUCAUAUUUGAAUAUAGCGAAAACUCCCGGCGUUGGGCCAGAACUGAAACUAUCAACUCCAUCAUAGAACCGGUGCAUGACAUUGCAUUCGCUCCCAACGUGGGAAGAAGCUACCAUAUUCUCGCAGUGGCUAGCAAAGAUGUUCAAAUAUUUAAUUUGAAGCCAACGCUAGAACCAACUUCCAAUUCUCGGCUGGACAUUCAACAGAUGGCUCAGUUCGGUGACCAUUACUGCACUGUUUGGCGGGUGACGUGGAACAUUACCGGCACGAUGUUAGCCUCAACUGGAGAUGACGGUUGCGUUCGAAUGUGGAAAAUGAAUUAUCUGAAAAGCUGGAGAUGUGCCGCAGUCCUGAAGGCAGAAAACCCACAGUCGUCGGUUCAAGAAAAUUCCAUAGCUCCGUCGCUUAACUUGUCCAGCUUGGUCAAUGCUACUGCUAAGUACUACAAACGGGGAACUAUUAGUCAUCCCACUCAGGUGCCGAGACACUGAAUGAGGUAAUGUACUAUUGUGGAUUUUCAUUGAGAUGAUCAGUAAAAUGUUUUAGUUGUAAUUCAA